CGUUUUCUCUUCUGUCAAAGAGUCGAAAACGUCUGUCGUCAUUUAGUUCUUUGUUGAUGGUAUAUUUUGCAACUUUAAUAAGUUAAUUAAAAAUUUGUUUUUUUUUUCGUCGUACAAUUAAUUUGCCAUUGAUGCGUCUUUUCAUUAUUUGAAUUUAAUGUUAAACGACAAUGUGUGGCUAAAAUAAAAAUGGCUGCUUCACCUCAAGCUCUCGACACCGUAUCAUUAUAUUCAACCGCUAGUGCAGUAUCAAGCUGCCCCGAUCGUCAUGGAUUUUAUGGAGGCUUUCAAUUUUCUGAUAAACCGAAAGAGCCCUUGUCUCGUGCGCAGGUAAUUGCUCGAGAAAAGAAAUGGUUGUACAUGAUCGACAACUGGCAAGAGUAUAUGUCGAAAAACUAUAAAAAGAUACGAGAACGAUGUCGCAAAGGUAUUCCACAAUCUGUACGGCCUAAAGCAUGGUUCUACCUAUGCGGAGCAUAUCUACUACACAAGGACAAUCCGAAUCGAUACCAAGAACUGUUGAAAAGUCCUGGCAAUCCACAAAUAAUGGAAGAGAUACGCAAGGAUCAACAUCGACAGUUUCCAAUGCACGAAAUGUUUUUAGACGAAGAAAAGCCGGGUCAAAAGGAACUAUUUAAUGUUCUUAAAGCAUAUUCAAUACUGAAUCCAAAGGUGGGCUAUUGUCAGGCUCAGGCACCAAUAGCUGCUUUUCUGCUAAUGCAUAUGCCUGCUGAGCAGGCAUUUUGGUGCUUUGUUGCGGUUUGUGAUAGAUAUUUAAUGGACUACUACACACCUGGAAUGGAGAUGCUACAACGGGAUGCUGCAAUGUUAAACGCUUUACUGAAGAAAACAUCACCCUCAGUAUACCGACACUUACAGAAACGAAAAGUCGAGCCCCUGUUAUAUAUGACAGAUUGGUUCUUAUGUGCAAUGACUCGAACGUUACCGUGGGACACCCUAUUGCGUGUAUGGGAUUGUUUCUUGUGUGAAGGCAUUCGAAUAUUGUUCAAAGUGGCACUGGUCAUACUCGGCGCUACUUUGGCUCAACAAAAAGUACGACGGGCAUGCAGUGGCCUGUGUGAAACACUCGAAGUAUUACGAUCACCGUCUCCGAAAAUACUUGAAGAAGAAUUCAUUAUGCAUCACAUCGUUCGGUUAAAUUUAACCGUGGACGAUUUCAAGGUGGAACAUGAGCGUCAGGCGCUCGCAUAUCGAAAAGCAAAAAGCUUAAAGGAUGUGAAACAUUUAUCGUGAAUUUCAAUUUAAAUUAUUUAACAUUUCUAUUGUAUUAUGGCUGCAAGGCAGCUGAAACUUUAUUAUCGAAUUCCAUUCUAGUUUAGAAUUUUGCACCGAUGAUCGUGAGUGGCAAAGUGGUUGAUGUUUUCAUUCGUAAAUAUCAUUUUGUAAAUUUUCAAGUUUUGUCUUGAAUUGCAAUAAAAUUUCUAUCUAUCUUUCGUAGCAAGUACCUACAUAACUUUGUAUCUGAGCAGAAAUAUUUUCAAUAAAAAACAAAACCUACAUC